ACCCAUUACGUCUCGUCGACAUGAACAUUUCACAAAUGUCCGCUAAAUGAGACCUCUGAAGUGAAAUCCUACCAAAACUAGCCGUUAUGCCUGACAGAAUAACUGUCAGGAGCUUCCUGAAUGAAGCUAGGGACGAUGUCUCAUCGCCUACAACCUCGAAUUUCAUGUCGACAAUGAAUGCUUGUCGAAACACCGUUGGAGCUCUCGAGGAGAGUCUUGAUGAAGAUUACAACAUACUUAAUAAACUGAAGAAAUCAAGCAAAGCUGUCCACACUGCAGGUUUAAACUAUUCUACAAAUCAGCUGUCAUUAGUUGAGAGUCUUGAAAAGUUGGGUUCAUCAUCUCUUUCAAAGGAGGCAGAUACAGGCAUUGGUACUGCAUUCUUAAAGUUUUCAGUCACAUUUAAGGAACUUUGUUCAGCUAUGAAAACAUUGUUCACCAAUUAUCACAACAUGGUUUUGUUUCCUCUGGACUCUCUUCUAAAAGGAGACAUGAAAGAUGUGAAAGGGGAUAUGAGAAAGCCAUUUGAUAAAGCAUGGAAAGAUUAUGAGGCCAAAGUUGGAAAGAUUGAGAAAGAGAAAAAGAAAGUGGCACAAGAGGCUGGAUUUCUCCGGACAGAAGUUACUGGUGGGGAAAUGGCAGAAGAAACAGAAAGAGAGAGGAGGAUUUUCCAGUUACAAAUGUGUGAGCUUCUGAUUAAGGUGAAUGAAAUAAAAGUGAAGAAAGGAGUGGAGCUUGCACAGCAUCUGGUGGAAUUCUAUUAUGCACAAGUCAAUUAUUUUCAGCUGGGAUCACAAGUUCUGGAAAGUAUGAAAGGUUAUCUUGAAGAACUUGUUGUGGAGCUGCAGCAGUUAAGAGCACAGCAGGAUGAGGAAAGAAAGGAACUGACUGAAUUAAGGAAUGAGAUUAAAUCCCAGCUACAGCUAGAUAAAGAAUCCGCACAGUCUUCGCAGAGUAAAGGAGGUUACAGUUUACAUGGUCAACAAGGUGAUAAAGUACAUGGCAAUGAAAGAGCUGGGUUUCUACAGAAACGGAGUGAAGGUCUGCGAAAAGUGUGGCAAAAGAGAUACUGUGUGGCAAAGGAUGGCCAGUUCACUUUGGCUCAUUCACCAACAAGCAUACCGACUCAAACACUCAAUCUUCUUGUGUGCCAAGUCAAGGAAGAUGAUGGAAAGAAACAUACUUUCAAUAUUGUAUCACAUAACAGAACUUAUUUAUUUCAAGCAGAUGACGAAGCUGAUUUGGAAGCGUGGGUGUCUGUUCUUAACAACAGUCGAACUGAAGCCUUAGAAAAAGCCUUUGGAGACAGCGACAAAGCUGAGUCCGAGGAAAAUGGUUCAUUGGUUUGCAAUCUUAAAGAGCUGAGACAGAGAAUUGUCUCCCAGGUUCGAAGAUUGCCAGGAAAUGACACUUGCGCUGAUUGUUCUGGAAAAGAUCCAACAUGGCUGGCCACAAAUCUUGGCGUUUUACUGUGCAUUGAGUGUUCAGGAAUCCAUCGAGACAUGGGUGUUCAUAUCUCUAGAAUACGAUCCAUUGAACUCGACAAACUAGGCACUGUAGAAUUACUGCAAGCGAAAGCUGUUGGUAAUGGUGGAUUUAAUGAGAUUAUGGAAGCAACUUUAGACUACAACGAGAAGCCCACGGCUUCCAGUAAAAUGGAUGAAAGAAAGGAGUUCAUAAGAGCGAAGUAUAUUCAACAUAAGUAUGCGAUCAAAUCUGGCGAUAAUACUGAGAAAAUACUGCAGGAACUUCAUCAAGCGGUCAAGUCAAAGGACAUUUUAGCUGUUUUACAAGCGUUUGCUGAAGGUGUAGAGCUUUCCACACCACUUCCUGGACAUUCAAACAAUUCUACAGCCCUUCAUGUUGCCGUGGAACAAGAAGACUUGACCUCUUUGCACAUUGUCGACUUUUUAGCGCAGAACUGCAAUGAUGUGAACGUGACAGAUAAAGAUGGAAACACAGCGCUCCAUUUGGCGGCAAUUUCCAGUAAAACAGAAUGUAUGCGAGUUCUGUUGAGAGCUGGCGCUACGGAUAGUCUUAGCUUAGAAAAUCUGGAGGGUAAAACGCCGAUGGACAUUUCGAAAGGAUUAAAUCACGCAGAAUCUAUUGAAUUGUUGAAGGUGACUGCUUCUGGUAAGAUGGCCCACUGUGAAAAUGUCAAAAUUGACUGGGGACUCAAUGAGGCUGAUGGAAUUUACGAUAACCCUGCAGAACUGUUGGACGUUAAACUAGAAUUCAGCGACGAUGAAGGGCUGAAUAAUUCGAAAAAUGAGGGAAAGGGUCGGUCCAGUCCUCCUACCCCUCCUCGUCACCGCCGCCAUUUACCCACACGACCCGUCAGUCAAAUGUUUCCUCCCGGAGGGGGAUACGCCAAGGGAGUGCCCGGGAUAAGUUCGCUAGUAUCUGGACUGACGCUCUUGGGAAGUGAUUCACCGGCGCUGGACAAAGGUUCCACGGGCUCCCCUGUAAUAAGGCGCAGAGCAGCUGUCCGCCCUUCAGGCACUAAUGUGGAGACAGUGGCUGUGAAUGUGCGAGCGAGCAUGUAUGCUCCGUCGUCAUUUUCUGAGAGCAUGUUCAGUUCUAUGACAAGCACCUUUGGUCACGGACCUAAGGCUAAACCGGCUGACGGUACAGCCGCUGACCAGGCUGAGUCUCCCCCACCUGUCCCUCCUGUACGCUGCAGCUCCGUCAGUCGAGAGAAGCGCUUUGCUGUUGACGUUCCGCUGCCUCCGUUACCUGCUAAACCAAAGUUUGACGAUCCUGGGGCAGCAGCAACCAAACAGUUACCUACGGAUCCAAAAAUUCGUCCGGCGGAAACGAUAAAUCGACGAGCUCCACCUGUUCCGCCCACUCCUAAACGAGCUGGUGGGGAGGGGAAACCUGUAGCACCUCCCCUCCCCACACACCGGAGGUCUAAAUCCGAAGGGAAGACGCCUUUCGGCGAGGAAAUCCUUCGGGCAGCAGACUCGAAGCCACCUUUUCAGAAAAAGCUUUCGUCACCUCUUGGUAAAGAGGACGUCAAAGAAGAAGAGAAACCAAUCCCUCCGCCCCGGCCCCUGAAGCCAGGGUCCAUGCGGGUCGCUUCUAGUACUCCAAUGCUAGCUAAUGGGGAAGUUAAGUCUUCCAAAGCCGCUACUUUUCCUCGACCUCCUCCCCGAGGAAGCUCAGAAUUGAGCUCUGUCAAAGUGAACGUCGACAAGAAAAGCGACGUUAAUAGAAAAGAAUCUGUCGAUUCUGUACCAGAAAGUCCUAUUCCGGAUAUUCCACCAAGAGCAAACACCGUUUCAAAUGCCCUGACCCUACCCCAGCGGGUAGAAGCUCUCUACGACUGUGAGGCGGAUAAUGAGGACGAGCUGACUUUCAAAGAAGGCGACAUUAUCUUGGUCAAGGGGGAGGGGGAGGACGCCGAAUGGUGGUUGGGUGAAAUAGAAGGACAUCCAGGAACUUGUGGGGUCUUUCCAGUCAGCUUUGUUCGCGUCCUUCCCGAAUGAACCCAUUUACAGCCAUUAGAUCGUCUGUUCCUUAGCGUGACGUAAGUCACGUCAGGUGGCUCUCACACAACACUCUUAAAUUUUUGAUCUAGCGUGACACUGACGAAAAGUCACGAGGUUUUAUAAUUCACCAGAACACAUAGCAUUUUGGAUUAUCAUCGUAUUUGCUCAUGAAAGUGCAUUCUUCCAACAAAUUAUAUGAUAGAUAUUCUCGUGAACGUAAAAUUCAUUUAGGCUUGUCUGGUUACAAUACAAAUGUAUUUAGCCAAAGUCGGUUAGGUUUUUUCUCCUAAAUGAAUAUUUUCACAGCCAAACAGAGUAUUUCCCAGAUAUCUUUUAAACAUGGCUUAAAUAUUUAGACCUAUUCAAAGAUAUUUAAGUACAAUAGACUGCCAUGGAUUAGGUGAGGUAUUUCCUGUGAAAUACAGAACUUCCCAAAUACUUUUGCCAUCCUUGAUUUUACCAAUUAAAACCAAUAGUUUAAAAACAGAAGUGAAUAUUUCCUAAAUUAGUUUUAUAUUUGCCGCCUUUGCAAUGUUUUAAUAGGAACGUUCAGAUCCUUCAUCAUAUUUAGAAAUUUACGACAUGUUAGGAGUAACUAUCUUAAAAAAUUUUAUUCAGCAACCAUGGUAACAAGAUACCUCUAUUUUUACCGCGGUUUUAUGAGCAAUUGCCCAGAAAUGUUAACUUUUCUAUCAUUUGUUCCUACUCAGAAAAUUUGUUUAUAUAAAUCAAAUAGUGAGAAAUUUAUCAGUAAAUAUGUAUUUUUCUGACAUAACCAGCUGCUUAAUUUUAAUAAUAUUUUGCGAAAUGUACUCUUUUUUACUAGGCCUUUCGAUUGCCGUAUUUUAAGAACUGUAUAAAUUUCCAACUUUUGAUAGAAAUGAAAAAAAAUUUCAUUUUUAAAAAAAGUUGAUGUUUAAAUAAUGUAGGGUUUUUUUAACAAAAGUUACUGUUAGUAGACAGCAAUUUUUAGCUCAAAAUAGAAUCUUUUUACGAUUACUUGUACAUAGUUUGAAAGAAAUGCAUGUUAAGCCAAGUUAACUUGUGAUGUAGCUUAAGAAUUUUAAGAGGCUCUUAAAAGCUAAUGUUACAUCAACAUCAGUUAUAGAAAUAACUUUGAAAAUUAUUCUUAAAUACCAGUCUUGAUUUUAUGAAAUUUCUAGACUUCUACAGUUGUUAGCCAUUUGAAAUUGUUGCUAACAUGUAGUUUUAUCUUUCCAAUACGGUUAUUAAUCAUGAACUUUUGUCUGUGUUUCUAGAAUGAUGUAUUUUUUCCAUUUUGAGAAAGUAAAGUCU